CGUUUUGUGCCUCUUGUUGUGGAGUUCCGCAAGCAGCAGACGCGUAGAAAUGCCAGAUGAUGACACCGUGUUCGACCUGUUCGAGCUCACUCAUGUUCAUAAGAAGCAUCAUGGGGUGAGUUUAGAGAAGGGACCCGAUCCAAACAGCCCCGCGUACAAGACCCUGAACCCGAGCCUGAUCCCCUCAGAGCCCGAGCUCUCCUUCAGGGACCUGAUCUAUUCCAUUCAGAGCGAGAGAGGCUGCAUCUUCACCGCCAACCUUAAGCAAGCCAAGCGCACCAGAGGCAGCCUGGUCUCCGUGGAGAGGACAGACGGCACCGGAUCCGUCUUUGAGAUCAUCUCCAACGGGAAAGCCAACACCGUGGAUCUGGUGUACUUGACCGCGAGCGGACAGCAUGUGGUGUCCACUCCAUUGAGGACGUGA